AUGUUUUCUCGGUCGCCCAAGAAGAAAAGCGGAGACCAGUGUGCAAUUUUCGUACAUGCAGGCGCCGGGUUUCACAGCCAUCAGAACGAACACAUUCAUUUGCAAGUCUGCAGCGAUGCCGCUCGAGCUGGAAUGGCAGCUCUGCGUGCAGGAGGAACAGCCAUUGACGCGGUAGAGUUGUCUAUCAAAGUUUUGGAAGACCGAGAGAUUACCAACGCAGGUUACGGAAGUAACUUGGCAAUGGAUGGGACCGUCGAAUGUGACGCUACAGUGGUAGAUCACUAUGGACGAAGUGGGGCUGUCGGAGCUGUGUCACAAAUUCGAAACCCAAUCUCCCUGGCCCGAGUGAUCCUAGAUCAUUCCAACCAGCCUAUGUCGCUUCGACGAGUUCCUCCCAACCUCCUGGUCGGCCAAGGCGCUGUUGAUUUCGCCUUUGAUCAAGGGGUACCCAUUUUGCCGCAUGAUGCCUUAGUCUCGCCAGCUGCGCGAGAACGGUGGAUGAAAUGGAGGAAAGAUUUGAAAAACUUCUACGAUAAGAAUAACGAAGAAGAAGAAAUGGACAUGGGCGAUCAGGAUGUUUACAUAGAUGAUGAUUAUGAGGAACAUGUGAGGAGGGCUCAGCGCCGUCAACACACGCGUGCGCUGAUGGCUGGGGUUUGGAAUGAUAGCCAGCCGUACUCGCCUCAGCCUACACCUCCCAUCGCCUCGGCGCCGCGAUCUCCCACUCCGCGCUCACCUCAAAGUCCAGAAUCGCCCAACUUUAUCGAUCCGGGACCGCACAUGGCUGAUGGAAAGUUAUUUCAAAGGGAGGGGUUCUCUAGGCUGCGUCACAACUCAAUCGUCAAGCAGCAUAGUCCUUCACCACAGCAGGAUGCCGCACGAGACAGCAACUCGGACGAGGAUCUGAUAGUCUUGGAUGACGAUAACUUGCAAUGGAAGUCCAUGGAGCAAGGAAACGUUGAUGGUCACUCCGAGUCCGAGGUCGAGUCGAUGUCUAGUGGAUCGAUCCCUCUUCCUUCUGCUUCCCCAAGCCCACCUCCUUUUGCUGCGCUGCAUACGCCAUUACCUCCUAGCCCAACGUUCGAGAGAUCUGACACCCCAUCUGUCGAAGGCAACCUCCGCGAUGACUUCGUCACGGAUACAGUUGGUGCUAUCGCCAUCGACUCGCAAGGAAACAUCGCUGCGGGCUCCUCUUCUGGGGGGAUCGGUAUGAAGCUGCGCGGUCGGUGUGGUCCAGCGGCCCUGGUCGGGAUCGGUACGGCCGUUGUCCCAGUCUCUCCCGACGAUAAGAACAAAACCUGCGUUGCAGCCAUUACAAGUGGUACUGGAGAACAUAUGGCUACCACCAUGGCGGCAGGGGUGUGUGCCGAGAGGCUUUAUUCAAGUGUUCGCAAACGUAAGGCUGGUGGGCUAGAAGAGGUCGAUGAAGAGAUAGCCAUCCGAGCUGUAAUCGAACAAGACUUUAUGCAACAUCCCAGUGUCCGACACAGCCAUUCACCGGGGGCCAUUGGUCUCUUGGCAGUCAAGAAGUCGCGCGAUGGCACAUACCUGUACUUUGCACAUAAUACUGAUUCUUUUGCUGUCGCAUCAAUGGGCCCUGACGAUGUCAAGCCUUCGUGCGCCAUGUCCCGAAACUCGGGCAACGGAAGCAUUGCACAGGGCGCUCGCUCCGUGACCCCUCGGCGUAAGCGUUAG